GUUGUUGUCAAAAAGCACGUGCGGUAACCUUGUCCUCGCAAUUGCAAUCCGAUUGUCGAUCGUGUAAUAACAAUACAAGACGCGAAAAACAGCGACGGCACAUUGUACAUACAACUGCCGUCGUCAUUAUGGCCAGCGAGCCCGUCAUGCCUUCACUGUCGCCGCGUAGCCUCAGCGGCUGUCGACCAGGCCUCUUGGAUCCAAGCCAGCCACAGCGACUUUUGCGGUAUUCCACGUCUCAGAUUUCUUUCGCUUCAUUCAAUCCUCGUACUGCGACAGCUCAGGCGGACCUACCCGACUUUCGCAAACUAUCCUUGCAGGAAGAACUGUACAAUGCAAAACGCGUCGUAAUCGAGACAAGUGCUUCCGGCGAGUCCUUCUGGCGGUUCGUGCCCAGGGCGCACUUGGACGAGGGAGUGUUGGACGAGGGAACAUGGCCUCGCCUAGUGAACCUAUGUGGAGAACUCGUCGAAUUGAGCCAGGAUCAGUGGGACAUUUACAAGCUGGACACUUUCUACGAAUGCAGAGUGUGUCCGCCUCCUGCCUAUACCAUCAUUUCUAUCGCGCCUUCAAAGCCUCCACCGCCAUCUCACCUGCCCAAUUGUAAACGCCACCUAUCUCCCAGCUUUGACUUUGACAACGCUGCCCCAUCCUCGAAUUAUCCAAAAACGGCGGACGAUGCUCUUAUUUCUGAAGAAGAGGACGAGGUUGAAGACAUGAUUAUUGACGAUGAACCUGCUCCUCCCCCUCGACGAGCAAAAUCUGCAGUCCCACGACGGGAGGAAAUGCUCAAGAAAAGAAACGAACGCCGAGACAGGAAUUCUCAGCGAGAAGAGAAACUAUCAUCACCCCUACAAUCUCCCUUCAACUUCACAGGGUAUGGCCCAACGCCAUCUACUCCGACUCCAAAGGUCAAGAGAAAAGUCCACAAUGUAUUUGAGUCGUUGAAAACGCCUCCUGAUCCUGACUAUUCUGAAUUCUCAGAAGAAGCACGACGUCAAACGGCAACCUAUGAGCACGUCUCGUGGACAAAGCGAAAUCGGACUGUUUCUCCUGCUGAAGCCAGGCGGCACUUGGAUCACAAUAGAACAACGCGGCAGAAGCGAAAGGCAGAGAAAAUACGAGCACAAAUGCGUCAACACAACCAACGAUGGCAGAGUGAACUUAUGCCGGAUAUCUACGACGAACUCGCGCGGAUGCCAGCAUCUUCAUCCCCUGAGCGUCAUUUUUUUCCAGAAACAGUCGAAGAAGAGCCCGAAGACGUACAACAUAAUUUCUAUGAGGAACGAGAUGACCGCGCUGAAAGGGAAGCCUCCAUCGCUGCGUCGCGUGCAAAAUUGGCAGAUCUGGAAGCUGACAGACCAUUGUGGGAAGCUGCCGCCUCGGCGCGACAGCUUCGGGAGCAGGCAGAGGCAGAAGCGCAUCAAGCUAAAGUGGAAGCUAGGCGACAAACUGAAGAGAGCCGGGUGGCAGAACAGCGGGCAGAGAAAGCUCGCAAGCGAGAGGCCGAUGCUUGCGCGCGCGAGGACGCUGCAAGGAGGGAACGUGAGGCGACCGAGCAACUGGAACACGCGUGGCAGCAGCGUGAGGCUAGGUGGAACACAGGGUAUUGGACGCCCGCCCGUGCUAUUGCUCGCUAUAAAGAGUAUAGCGAACUUUUUGAUGUGACGAAAUUUGCUGCAGAUCCUCUUGAGUUUAGAAAAGUCCCGUGGCCUAUAUUGAAGAGACCCAGUAAACUGUCUACCGAGGACGUCGAUUGGGCCAAUGUAGAGGAAUUCUUUGCCGAGGCAAAGAAGACCAUGCGACUAGCGGAAUUUAGAGAGUUCGUUGAGAAGAGUCAUCGGCGGUUUCAUCCUGAUAGGUGGCGGUCUAGGGGUGCACUCAACAGUGUCGUAGACGAGGUUGCAAAGUCGUAUAUGGAAGUCGCUGCGAAUACUGUUGCCCAGGCACUGACGCCUUUGUGGAGAGAGGUGAAGCGGUGACAGAAGGGACGGUUGAUCUUGACGCAUUUAUAGUUUUAAGAUAUGUUGUAUUAUAUAUAGCAGUUCACCUACACACCUAAUCAAAUACUAGAGGAACGGA